AUGUCCGUCAACGGUGCUAGCACUGGCAAGGCUUCGGUCAACGAGCCAUCCUCCUCUCGCCCAGCCCACGGCCUCGUCAAUGUCCAGCCUGCCCGCCUGGGUGACUUGCAGCCUCGCUAUGCCGCGACCAUCCAGCACGAUGAUGACAACCCCGACGCGCAUGGUUGGUAUGCGCAACUGAUCCACAGCCUGGGAGAAUGUAUCGGCUUCUGCGGUGCCAUCCCCUGCUGCAUCUGCUGCCCCAACCCAUUCAAGCCCGUCGACCAAGGUCAAGUCGGUCUCGUCUCCAGAUUCGGACGAUUCGAGCGCUCGGUAGACCCCGGUCUGGUCAAGGUCAACCCCCUCAGCGAACACCUGACCACCGUGGACGUGAAGAUCCAAAUCGUCGAAGUGCCCCGCCAGGUCUGCAUGACCAAGGACAACGUUACCCUCAACCUGACCUCCGUCAUCUACUACCAAGUCACCUCCCCACACAAGGCCGCUUUCGGUAUCUCCAACGUGAAGCAGGCUCUCGUUGAGCGCACUCAGACCACCCUGCGCCAUGUCAUCGGUGCCCGUGUCCUGCAAGACGUUAUUGAGCGCCGCGAGGAGAUCGCCCAGUCUACAGCGGAGAUCAUCGAGGAGGUUGCCUCUGGCUGGGGUGUCCAGGUCGAGUCCAUGCUCAUCAAGGACAUCAUCUUCAGCAAUGACCUUCAGGAUUCGCUCUCCAUGGCUGCCCAGUCCAAGCGUAUCGGUGAGAGCAAGGUUAUCGCCGCCCGCGCCGAAGUCGAGUCUGCCAAGUUGAUGCGCCAGGCUGCCGAUAUCCUGUCUUCGGCUCCUGCCAUGCAGAUCCGUUACCUUGAGGCCAUGCAGGCGAUGGCAAAGACUGCCAACAGCAAGGUUAUCUUCUUGCCUGCUAUGAACCAGACCAUGCAGCAGCAACUUGCUGCGGCUGAUAGCGCUGGUGAGGGCCCGAGCAACUAUGGUGCCACGGACAACCACCACCAAGACGAUGGUUUCCAGCGUGCGAUCAACGCUCGCGUCGUUGAGGAUAUCUAG